CCUGCCGGGAGGAUGGAGCUGCUGCCGGGCCAGGAGUGGCGGGCGCGGGCGGGGCGCCUCUGGGGGCUUCUGGGGGCGCCGAGGAGGGAGGAGCUGGGCCGCGCGCGCUCGCCCCGGGAGACGCUCCGACUGGCCGCCACCGCCCUCCCCCUCCGGACCCCUGAGGAGGAGGAGGAGGAGGAAGAGGAAGAGGGGGGCUGCCUGCGCCGCCUGGCCCGCCGCCUCUCGGUGCGGAAGGAGCCCCGGCUGGCCGAGCUCUGCAGGCAGGAGGGCAACCGGCGAUUCCGGGCAGGGGAGCACCGGGCGGCCGCCGCGCUCUACUCCCGGGCCUUGUCCCAUACGGAGGCUGGCAGCCCAGAAAUGGCCAUCUGUUACGCUAAUCGCUCUGCGGCUCUUUUCCAUCUUGGUCAGUUUGAGGUCUGCCUGGAGGACAUCGGACGAGCGCAGCAGGUGGGGAGCUGCCCGGAGAAGCUGCUGCCCAAGAUCCAGCUGCGCAAGGCCGAGUGCCUGCUGUUGUUGGGCCGGCUGCAGGAAGCGGCAGGCGCCCUCUGCAGCAUGGAGGAGAGCCUCUCCGCGGACCACAGGCCAGAGGCUGCCCAUCAUCGCGCGCUGCUGGGCCGGCUGGAUCAGUUGCGGGGCAGAGCCAGUGAAGACAGCGGGGCCUCCCUUUGUCCACCUGCUGUGCCUGGCCAGGCUGCACCGGACCCGGAGCCCUGGGAGGAGAGCGAGCGUGUCUCUGGCGCCUCAGUGGCCGUGAGCCUGGGCUUUUCCAGCUGCAAAGGGCGCCAUUUAGUUGCUGCUCAGGAUCUUCCUCCUGGGAAGCUGUUAGUGAGGGAAGCGGCUUUCGCCAGCGUCCUCUGUCCCGGGCAGAGCCUCUUGCUGGAAGGGACCGCCCAGGCCCUGCAGGAUGGCCAGCUGGCCAACCCCGACCUCCACUGCCACCACUGUCUGCGCCCACUGCUGGCCUCCGUGCCCUGCCGAGGGUGCAGCUACAGCAGAUAUUGCAGCCCUGUCUGUGCCCAGCUGGCAUGGAGCAGCUAUCAUUGGGCGGAAUGUGCCCUCGGAGGGCUGCUGCUGGCACUGGGCGUCUUCUGCCACGUGGCCUUCCGGACUGUGCUGGUGGCCGGCUUCGCCCAAGUGAAGGCCUUGGUCACCCAGUCGCAGGAGGGGGACACCCUGGCCGUGGCAGCGGCCGCAGAGAAGGAUGCCCUGCUCAUUCCUGGCUGUGAGGCCGACGGACGGUACAGUGGCUCCUACCGGGCUAUCUUCAGCCUUCUGCCACACACGGAGCAGCACAGCCCCGGCCUCAGGUUCCUCUGCGGGCUGAGCGUGGCAGCCUUGUGCAAGGCACUGGAGGAUGCCAGCCUGGAAGCUUGGAUUGUAGUGGGGGGCACGAAAGAAGAGCCGGGGGCUGUGGAGAAGGAGGGCGGCCCCACUGUGCUGGAAGUCUUGGGGGAGGCCAUGCUGCGUCACGUCCUGCAGCUGCAGUGCAACGGCCAGGCUGUGACCACCCUGCGCCCGUCAGGGCCCGAAGACGGGCUGGUGGCUGGCAGCGGGCAGGUGCGCUUGGCCACGGGCUUCUUCCCAGCCCUCAGCCUGCUGAACCACUCCUGCGACCCCAACACCAGCGUGGCCUUCACUGGCUGCACAGUGGAGGUCAGGGCCCUGCGCUCCAUUCCUCGUGGGCAGGAGCUGCUCCACUGCUACGGGCCCCACAGGUGCCGAAUGGCGGCUGCCGAGAGGCGCAGGCGGCUCAUGGCUCAGUACUUCUUUGAGUGCCACUGUCAGGCCUGCUUGGAGGAGCUGCAACCCAGUGAGGCCCCUGAGGCUGGCCUCUUCCGCUGCCCGGCCUGCCAGAGGCCCAUGCAGGGGAGAGACAUCCUCCGCUGCUCAGGUGAGACCUGUGACCACCUGGUUCCCGAGAAGGACUUCCACUGCCGGCUGCUUCGUCUUCAGCGCUUGACCCAGUCAGCUGAGGAGCUCCUGGAGCACGACAAGCCAGGUCAGGCCCUGGAGCUGCUGCAGAAAUGCCAGCUGGAUGCCGAGAGCUUCCUGUCUCCAGCACACCUGAGGAUGGGCGAGAUCGAGGACCGCCUGGCCCAGGUGAAUGCAGCAACAGGGAGGUGGCAGGAAGCGGCCAGGCACCUGCGCAGGAGCAUCCAGGCCGUGGAGGCUCAUUUUGGUCCCACCAGCAUUGAAGCUGGCCAGGAACUCUUCAAACUGGCCCAGGUCCUCUUCAACGGGCGCUUGGCCUCCGAAGCCCUGCGGGCCAUCCAGAGGGCCGAGGCAGUUCUGUGGGUGCACCUGGGCACAGAGAGCAAUCAGCUGCAGGAGCUGCGAGAGAUGAGGACCUGCCUGGAGGGGCUGCUCCAUACUGCCCCCACAGCAGCAGCCAAGUUGCUGUGAGGAUACACCAGUGGGCCUGCUGCGAGGGAGGGGCUUGAAAAACCCCCUCCUGCCGCCCUUUAAGGGCCAAAGCAAGAAAUCGCCGGAUGGUGUGCAGAGAGUGGUCAGCUUGGGCUCUGGCUUGCUGAUGGACCUGGCGGGGGCUGAGAGGGUCUGCCGGAUCCAACGGCCUCACCACCCACGCAGCCUUGCCAGGAUGCCAGGCCUGGAUCUGUGCCAGACUAAGGGCAUCAUUGCCCCAAAGGAAAAGGGGCUGCUGUGUUUGUUGACUCAGCUGAGGGGGUUUUGAGGGGUGAUGGCUCUUCCCUCCCUGCUUUGCCUCCUUCUCUCUCCUCCCCACCCCCAUUGUUUCUCCGCCAUCUGCUGGAGGUUGAAAAAGCUGUUUGGGAGGCUCUUUAAGGCAGAAGCUCUUUUAUUGGACCAUGGAAGCAAAACCAGCUGCAGGACACAGUCAAGGACCCACCCGCCUUUGCUCCUGCAUCUGGGGGUGGCGUCCCGUGGAGCGCUCUAGGCCUGCUGAGGGUCGAGGAUCUUUCCGAUGAAGAGGAGGGUGCCGGUGUCGUUGUCGUAGAGCACAAACAGGAAGGGCCUGUCCAGGGUGUAGACGAUGGGGAAGUUCAGCCGAGUGGCCUCCGUGUCUGAGGCGAACACGGCGCUGACCCCAUCUUCCCCAAACUCCAAGGCCACCUUGUGAUGCACGUGAGAUAGCCGGAGGGCCUUGGCGGAGAUCUUGCCCAGGUUCGGCGUGGAGAAGAGAGGCUGGAGUCCUGCGGACCAGGAAGGGACAUUGCUGCUCGGCUGCCACCUUCUCCUCCCCUGAGGCCUGGAGGCCGAGUGACCUUCCCGCCUCGGUUCAACAGCCCCCUCCCCCCCAAGGGACAAAUGGCUCUCAACCAUUGCCAUGGCUCCUGUGGCGAAGAACAGACAUUUGGGGACGCCCCCUUGUCCCGUGGAAGGGCCGGCCUGUGGCCAGACCCAUGGAGGAAACGUCCCCCCCCACAGGGCACGUACGCAUUUCCUGAAGCACCUCCCCCAGCCUUGUCUCGGCCACCAGCCUCAGCCGUGGCACGCUCAGCGCGGCCUGGACAGUCUUUAGCUGCUUGUCGAUGUCGUGGACGAACUCGGCGGUCAAGCUGUCCUCAAUGAGGGUGAAGUUCUGGGUGAGGGUCUCAGGCAGGAAGAACAUGAUGCUGAGCCCUCCGGCCAGGGGCAGCUGGGCAAUCUGCAACA